AUGGCUGCGACGACGAGGGUAUCUCGCGCUCUCCUGCUCGUCGGCGUCGUCCUCACGGCGCAGCUGUGCGCUUGCACGGCGUACGGCGGCGAUGGGUUUAGCGUGGAGUUCAUCCACCGCGACUCCGUUGGGUCGCCGUUCCACGACCCCUCGCUCACCGCGCACGGGCGCGUGGUCAAGGCGCUCGCGCGCUCCUACGCCCGCGCCGACGCACCGUCGGGUCACGGCGUCGUGUCCGAGCUCACCUCCACGCCGUUCGAGUACCUGAUGGCCGUGAACGUGGGCACGCCGCCCACCCGUCUGCUCGCCAUCGCCGACACCGGCAGCGACCUCGUCUGGCUCAACUGCAGCAAGAAGCACGGUCCUGGUCCGGCGUUUGCCGGUGACGCGCCCUCGCCCCCGCCGCGGCCGGGCGUCGUGUUCGACCCCUCCAAGUCCAAGACGUACCGCCUCGUGGGCUGCGACUCCGGCGCGUGCCGCGCUCUCCCGGACUCGUCCUGCGCCGGCGGCGACAAGUGCACCUACUACUACUACUAUGGCGACGGCUCGGCGACGAGCGGCCUCCUCUCCACCGAGACCUUCACCUUCGCCGACGCCCCCGGCGCCCGCUGCGGCGACCGCACGACGCGCGUGCCAAACGUCAACUUCGGCUGCGGCACGAACUUUGUCGGCUCCUUCAUCGGGGACGGCCUCGUCGGCCUCGGCAACAGCAACCUCUCCCUCGUCACGCAGCUCGGCGCACACGCCUCGCUCGGCCAGAGGUUCUCCUACUGCCUCGUGCCCUACUCCAUCAACGCCUCCUCCGCGCUCAACUUCGGCGCCCGCGCCGCCGUGACGGAGCCGGGUGCGGCCACGACGCCGCUGAUCCCGUCCAGGGUGAAGACCUACUACACCAUCGAGCUCGCGUCCGUCGAGGUCGGCAACGCGACCUACAAGGCGCCGCGCCAGACCCCCGCCAUCGUCGACUCCGGCACGACGCUGACGUUCCUCGACAAGGCGCUGCUAGACCCGCUGGUGAAGGAGCUGGCCGGGCGGAUCAAGCUCCCGAAGGCCCCGCCGCCGGCGGACCUCCAGCUGCCGCUCUGCUACAACGUGACCGGGCUAAAGGAGGGGCAGAUCGCGGCGAAGAUCCCUGACGUGAAGCUGGGGCUGGGCGGCGGUGCGGUGGUGACGCUGAAGGCGUUGAACACGUUCGUGGUGGUGCAGGCGGAGACCCUGUGCCUGGCGAUCGCGCCGGCGUCGGAGCGCCUUCGGACGUCGAUCAUCGGGAACAUCGCGCAGCAGAACAUGCACGUCGGGUACGACCUCGACAAGCGCACCUCAGAGCCGCGCCUGCGACCACACUUAGCAGGGCAGAAGGGGGAAGCAGAGGCACAAGGAUACCAGAGCAGCGCUCCAACCAGGGGCGCAGAAGACGGAGCAACAGAACGGGCUUUCCCCCGGCAAGACCCUUGCCGGGGCAGCCUACACAGCCCCGACAAGAGCCUUGCCCGGGCAGCUCACCCAACGCCAACAUCACAGCCACCCUUGAGCCUGAGAGUUCCAACACCAUUGACAACAUUGGAACCAAGGCUCGGGAAGUGCCUGCAUGGAGGCAUGCAGAUCUUUGUGAAGACAAAAGGCCUACGAAGCCCAGUUGAGAAUCAGAAGACAAGACAACCGCAAGGCUCCUUGACAAGGAUGCCGCAAGGCCCCGGCAAGACUCUUGCCGAGGGCGCUCACAAGGCCCCGGCAAGACCCUUGCCGGGAAUAUACGCAAGACCGCGGCAAGACCUUGCCGCCCCAUCGUCGCCCCAGCUCAGCGGCCGACCCACCAGCUAA